AAACACACGUCAGGACGCUCGGUGCGUGGCCUGAGGAUUACCCGGCGUGCCCCGCGGGGAAAGAUGGCGGCGGCGGAGGAGGAGGGAAGAAGCUAAACUUUAUCCCAAUGAGAAACAACCGAAACUGGGAUAGCAAGACGUGCGGGUGCUUUGGACCGCCAGACUGACCGAGUAGUGUUAGCCACUAUCUUAGCUGUAGCUGGAGGCAUAGGCGGGGAGAGGACUGACAGACCCGAGGAGGAGGCAACAGUGCCCAGGGAAAUAAAGAAAAUAGAAUAAGCGGAUAAACUUUAUUAUCCCGGACAGAGUCAGUAUAUAUUGGAUUAUUAUUACUAAGAAGGCACCUUGUGUGAAGCGAGAAGGUUAUCAAUAGCCUCGAACUCAUUUGCCAGGAUCUGCAGAAUGUAAAGUUUAUAGGAUUAAGUUUCAUAGCAGCCACCGACAGAGAGGGAUGCUUGAGCACUCAGCAACAAUCUUGGUUAAACAGAGCUCCUUUGUGGAAAAGCAGUGGAUGAAGACAUAGCUGUGUGAUCAUCUCAGUUUCAGGUUGCAGCGUGGGAACAAAGGAGGACAGGGCCCGAGGAUGACGAGCGCGGCUCCCGUGAGGAAGCCCUACCGCAAGGCACCGCCCCAGCACCGGGAGAUCCGGCAUGACCUGCCAGUGUUAAGAGACGAGCUGGACGGGGACUUGGCCUUGCCGCCAGCAGAGCCAUGCCAGGAAUCCCUUUCAGAUACGGACAGGAUCAAGGUCCUGCAGCAGCAGAAUGAGGACCUGCGACAGAGACUCACCUGCACCACCCACAAGAUGGAGGCAAUGGAGACGGAGUUCGAAUCCAGCCGGCACUACAUGGAGGCAGAGAUGGGAAGGACCAAGGACGAGCUGGAAAAGAUGAAGGAUAAAUUCCGCAGACUGCAGAACAGUUACACAGCAUCCCAGAGAACCAACCAGGACUUGGAGGACAAACUUCAUGCACUGCUCAGAAUGGUGGAGAACGAUAAGAAAACCAUGGACCACGAGAUUGUGGAGCUCACAAAUAAGCUGCUGGAUGCUAAGAAUACUAUCGAUAAACUGGAAGAACUAAAUGACCGCUAUCGGCAGGACUGUAACUUGGCCGUGCAGCUGUUGAAGUGCAAUAAAUCUCAUUUUAGGAACCACAAGUUUGCUGAUCUUCCUUAUGAGUUACAAGACAUGGUAAACAAGCACAUGAAGACCAGUCCCCCCGAUUCAGGGCAAGUCCAGCCAGAGUCGUCCCCAAGCCUGGCUUCUACUGAUGUGGUGCCCACAUCGGUGAUCGCCCGGGUGCUAGAGAAGCCAGAGCCUCUGGUGCUGAACUCUGCCCAGUCGAGCAGUAGCGCAGGGCGUCCCGUGGCGGAGGACGUCUUUGUGCACGUGGACAUGACUGGGCCACAGGCCCAGAGGAACGGGCAGGGUCGAGAGAACGGUGGGCAGGGCUUGGCGAGAGGAGUGCACCAGCACCAGCUGCAACAGAACGGGACAUGCGGUCAACAGGGCAGUGUAGAGACCCCGGCAGGAGAGGAAGGAGGGAACGGAGCAGCGUUGUCAUCCUUUGAGAAGCUGAACCCGUACCCCACCCCACAGCACCCCCACCCUCUCUACCCAGGUCGUAAGGUCAUUGAGUUCUCCACCGAUGACAAGGUGAAGAUCCCAAAGAACAGCCCGCUACCAAACUGUACCUAUGCCACCCGGCAGGCCAUCUCCCUCAGCCUGGUGCAGGGAGAGGAUGACGGGGAGCGGCAGAGGACAGUGCCCAGCAGUCCUGCGGUGUCCGAGGGGGGCUGGCGGUCAGCAGCCUCCUCCUCCUCUGGUAGAGGUGGCGGUCGUGGCAGUCGCUGCCCUCAACAGCAAAACAUGGCUGACCUCCGCUCCACCCAGUCUAGCCCCUUCAGUAGCCCACCACCGGCCCCCAGCGCCCUUGCCAGCUCGGCCAGCUCAGAGGAGGACCUUCUGUCCAACUGGCAACGCAUGUUCGUGGAGAAGAUGGCUCCCACUUCCGAGGGCACUCUGGUCAACCGCACCUCCUUCAGCAGCGAGACAGCCCACGAGCUGCAGAGGAGCUUCCAGGGUAAGACGGUGCCUGGAGGUGGGAGGGGGAGGGGGGAGCAGCGGGGCGCCUACUCUGACGGGGAAGAGUCGUCGGCACGCAGCUGGACUGUCAGUCGUGAAUCCAGUCUGGACACAGAUAACAGCAGUGCUGCAGAGUCCAGAGUCAAAAAGGGCCACUACACCACUGACUGCUCCCAGGAGGAGAGCAAGAAGCUCUUGAUGGCUGUAGACACUCAGGACGAUGGUGGCAGCAUUGACACCACCAUUGCUACCACCCCCAUAACCAAGACGAGCCCUGCCUUGAAGAGAAAGGAGUAUGUAGACUUGGGAUCAGCUGGGAGCUCCACAGAGGAGCGGGAUAUCUUGCCGCAGGAGUUCACCAUGAUCGCUCCAAGGGCUUUCCCCAGCUUGGAGGAGUUUGGAGAGAAGCCACCUCUACACCAUACCACCACAGUCUCCUCCAGGCCCCAGAAGAGCCCCAAACGAAUGGGGGUCCAUCAUCUGCACCGCAAGGAUAGCCUCAACCGGGCACAGGAGCAUGGAAACCUUCUGGAUUAAACGGGUUAAGGAGUAAGAGGAGGCGAUGAUUGAUCAGCAGAUACUCUCUUGGCACCCCUUAGUUUAUGAAUGAGAGAAUCAGUCAGACCAGUUGUGGUGGAUGGAGAGAGGCUGUUAGCAGAAGCAUGUUGUCUAUGUAUUGCCUGCCUGGAAGAGCCACAUGUGGAUUGAAAAAUGUGGCACUUGUAGAGAGGCUUUUCCCCAUUGAUAAGUUCAAUGCUUUGAGAGCAUGUCUAGAGAGCACAGGUAACUAUUUUAAAAAGGUGGCAUUUAGCUUUGUGGUGUGGUCUUGAAAACAAAGUUGUCCAGUGGUUCAUUGCUGAUCUCCUGUAAGUAUCUAUCUAUCUAUCUAUCUAUCUAUCUGCUUUUGUACAUACCUCAAUACUGUAUAGGUUAGUUAUCAAACUUCUUUAAACAAACUUGAGGUGCUUUGAAACUCCACCCCAUUAGAGGCAUGACUCGCAUCCUUCCACAAUGCACUGUGCAUUCAGCAUUGUGCCCUAUUGGGGACCGUUGGAUUAUUAUUGUGAUCCGGGGAAUCCCAUUGUGCAAAAAUUUAAUUGCCCAAGUGCUUAUGCAUAGUAUUUAACAGCAACCAAGGCAGAUGCUUUCUCUUUCUUGGUUAACAGUUGCCCACGGUGCACUUGAGGGAGUAACAGGGGGGCUGCAGACGUCCAAGAUGCUCCGAGGCUGCCCGCCUGGUGUUAACAGUAGCGUCUGUCUGGAGUUGCUGUUGCAGGAUCUUGUUGCCGUUUACAGUAUAAUUUCAGCUGACCCUUUUGUUCACUUGCAGUGCCUAUCCGCUUGUUACGGUGUUUGAUAAGACCGAAAAGAUGUCAGGGUUCCUUUAGGGAUCCCGUUUUAAUAUUAACUUUAGCUGUGUGUGUGUGUGUGUGUGUGUGUUUCUUUUAAAACUUCUGGAAUACAGUAUAUUGCCACUGAAGUAUAAUAACAAGCAAAAGAGGCAUUAUAAAGGCUUCCUCUCAAUCUGCUAAAGUUCACCAGAGCACUUUCAGUUUUUAGUGAUUGCAGGUUUGAACUUGUGUGUUAAUUUGCGUUUUGUCUUGUGUGAAAAUACUGCAAACAAAGCUGUAAAGACUGAAAAUGGACAUUUUGUACAUGUGACUCUUUGUCUUCAUCACAGUAGUGUUUUGUAGGUGUACAGGAAAAAAAACUUAAGUAUUUUUAUAUUUCACUUUUUUCCAGGUGCUGAUCCCGAUGUUCAGUAUCUGCAUUGUGUAUAAUCUAAUCUGCAUUGGCAAAAGCUUUGUACACUGCUAAAUAAAUACCUGAAAGCAGCAAACAUAUUGCUGUAGCUUGAUUUACAAAGGGGUGGACACAUGCAAGCCUAUUGAUUUCCUAUGGGCUUGCUUACGCAUGUCUCUGAAAAUUAAAUCACGUUUUUUUGUUUUGUUUUUAAUUGUAACAGAAGUAACUAAGUAGUGUUUUACCUAUGUGAGAUAGAAGUAAAUAUAGACUGAUGCAGGUAUCUGCGUGCCAGCUAUUGUGGGAUCACAGUUGUUCUGGUAAACUUUGCCCUCUGUAGAACAGGGUCUUCAUCUACCCCUGUAUGUGUAAUACUUCUUGUUCAUUCAUUUGAAUGAUCAACAGUGUAAAGCUGUAUAGUUUUUAAAAUAAAAAUAUACUAAAACUCAUACAGCAGUAUACUUUGAUCAGACUGAUCCAUAAACAGUACAUGACCCUUUAAUAGAGGAACUGCCAAAAUUUUUGUUUUUGUGUGUUUUUAUGGUCAAGGCUUUUGGAGAGAGUUGAUCAUCCUUUUAAACCCAAACAUUGGAUUUAAAACAUUGAAGUUUUUUUCUUCCGAUGCUUAUUGCAAGUUUAACUCUGGGCUGGUAUCAGACCCAUUAUUUGUUCUAGUCUUGGACUACCUUAUCUAAGGUAACAUUUGGUAGUCCCAAGAUUGCUAAUCUGGGUCUGUGGAACCAGCCAAGAGACUCAGGUUCAACCCCCGUUGUCAGCCUGGUCCGUUUACUAGAACUGGUAAUUCACACGAUCACACAGCGGGUCUUUGACAUGCAUGUCAUUUUCUUUCAGUAUUCAGUCACAAUUAUUCUGAAAACAUGCGGUGCAAUUAGAAAGCAAUGAUGUAAUUGCUCCUAAGAAAACCCAUUUUGAGCAGCCCAGCAGUGCUGCCGCUGGCUGUGAUUUUGUGUUUGUGGGAGGAGAGGUCAAAUAAACUGCCUCCCCAAAUUGGGAAAUGCGCUGCUUAUAACUGGGCUGUACAUGUAACGGAUGUUGAAGUGGUUUACAGUAGCAAGUCGGGCUGCUAUGUCUUCAUCUGCAGUGUUACUGGAACUGGUACCCAUACCAAAAGACUGUUUCCUGUUGAGUGAAGGAACGUCCUGUGGUAUAAUAGGCGAGUCGAAUAUAAAGUGUCUACCAGAUACAUGCAAAAAAAAUACCUGUCUACAAGCCCAGAGCCAACAAUUCAUUUACAACAACUGUUGGCUCACGGGGGAGUUAGUUCAGUUUUGUACCAAGAUUUCCUGCAGGUGCGCUCAGUGUCUUUGCAGAAGUGCACAUUUUUUUAAAUUUCUGAAUUCUGAUGUCAUCUCUGUUUAUCUGAUCAGGAAUGUAAUCUUAAUCCUGUAGCAUUGAUCUUACGUUUGUUUGAUUGUUCCAGUUGUUGUUCCUUUUUUUUUAUUAUUAUUUAGCGUUAAGAUUUAUUCCUGAUGUUUACUGUGCGUUGAUUUGCGUUAACUCCAUUGAGAUGUCCAGAACAGUCUUUUGACUUAGAGUAAAUGUUCUCCAGAUAGUGAAUUUAUUACUUUGUGUUUUACUUUAAUAAGCUGAUGUCUGUGUAUGACUGCAGUAAAAUCAUGACAACCCCACCAAAAAAUAUUCGUUUUUAAUAUAAAUGAGAUGUUAGUGUUGUGCUUAAAAUAAUGGAGCAACUUUUUUGGGGUAAAUGGUUAGGUUUAAUAUCACCACUGUACAGUGGUAUCAGUUUCCCAUUUCUGUUAGUACAACAAACCAUUAAAUGUGUAUGAAUGGGAAGCAUUCCUGUAAUUAAGGAUGAUCAAUUGUCUUCUCUGCAACAAGUUGAUUUUUCUUAUCCAAUGAUAUUCUUUGCACCAUUUUAAGCAGUCUUGACUCAGUCUUAAGAUCAGUAUGGUUGUCUUUUUAUAAAGUUUUCGUUCUUUGGAGCAAGCGUUAAUAAUGCAGUAUUUCAGAUUUGUUGUCUGUUUGAGAAUUAAUAAGGUGCUAGAAGUUGUAGAUCCUGGAAUUAAAUGAUUUUUGAAAAUGAGGAAGCACAUGCUUAAGAGUUGAUCAUUGUUGUUGGUCUAUUACGCAGAGCAUGCUGGGAUAAUGAAGUAAAAUUUCCAUGGUUUCAUUCAAAUGAUUGGAUUACAGCAACUGUCAUACCGUGAUGUUUAAAACAUCCAGUAAAGGCGCUCCGCAUGGAGUGCAGGAUGCGACCUAUAGCCUGGAGAUCACAGGUUCGAAUCCAGGAUAUGUCAUUGCCAACCGUGACCGGGGGUUCCUAGUGGGCGGCGCACAAUUGGCCGAGCGCAGCCCGGGUAGGGAUGGCUUAGGUCGGCCGGUUCAAUCCACGGUUCACUGUGCACCCUGUUACUGAUGAGGCGCCUGCAGGUCUGCAGUGGAGCUAUUCACAUCUGUGUUGUCCUUUGGGACUAUAGGUCUGGUGCCUUCACUGUGGAUCCGCAGUGUGAAAAAUGACGACAGGAACACGUUUCGGAGGACACGCGUCUCAGCCUCCGUUCCCCGAGUCGCCGGGGGAUAAAAAAAAAUAAUUGGGCAUUCCAAAUUGGGGAGAAAACCAGGGUAAAAUAAAAAAUGAGAAAAAAAGCCCCACCUCCAUACUUACUGUCAUGUGUAUAAAGUCUGCUCACAUAACAUGAAGAGAGUCUGUUGUCCAUUUAACAUAUCAGUGACCGAAAGAUGGAAACGCAGGCAGCAAGUAACAAUGACAGCAAUGCUUCCUUUUUUUUAUAGGGUGUGAGUCAUAAUGUACUGUUUGAAUGACAUUACAUUCUGCAUAGGUCUUCACCAUCUGCUGUUACAACGCUCCUCGUCUUUAAUUAUUCAAUACAAUUGGCUUCAGCUUGACAACACAAAUGUUAGGUGAAGAAUAAGAGUUGGGGCAGUCUGUGAAUUUCCAUUUCAUUAUACAAAAAGAUAAUGUAGUCAGCAAUUAAUAAACAUAGAACUGUCUUCCCAAAAUAAAUAAUGCAUCCCCUUUAUUACUUCCUAAAAUAUGCUGCUUAUACUCUCUUAAAGCCAAAAAUAAAGACAUUUGUCAGUGUUAACAUGGGUUUGAAUAUUUCAUUGUGCUCUGUGAGGUUCCGAAGACGCACUUAGCUUUCACUGGAAAAUGUGGUGCUUGUCUUUCUCAUGCAUGUCAGCUAUCAACAAGUUAUGAGGCAGAUUUGAGAUGCUUUCCCCACCAGACUCUCUUAAUAAAUGAAAAUCUGUGGAACAACACCGAACAUCUCCUUUCAAUUUCAUGUAGACUUAUUAUUUUACAGGAACUUGUUUUCGGGUUAUAGCCAUACCACCUCCCCAAGCCAUUAGCAUUGCACUUUACAUAGUUUUUAUAUACAAGUGUAUUAUAAUGUAACCAAUGAUGCACAUGGGUUUGUUUUGUGUGUGUGUGUUUUUUUAAAUGUCUUUAAUAGAGAGAUUGAAGAGGCCACACUAAAUUAAUAUUCUCUAUGAACUCUGAAAUCAUACUUUAGGACAGUAACACAGAUUUACAGUUUUUGAUUUGAACCCCCCCCCCACCCCCCAGAAAAUAAGAUCAAAUACAAUCGUCAUUAAUCCAGUGAAUCCCGAUACUCCUGUCACCUGACUCCAAAGUGAGUGAUUUAUAACCCAGAUGUCUUCUCUUCUCUCUAAUGCUUCAUUUUCAUUAAGAUGCAUUGGUUAAAGUAGAAACUAACAACAUAGUGAGUGUAAUUGUAGUUGUACACUAAGUAUGUCCUUUAACGGACUUGAGUCUUUAAUUUCCCUUCACGGUAAGGGGGAUACACUGAUCUGUGUUUCCUAGAGGUAUAUUGCAUCAUGAUCCUUUUAUGGUCCUAAGGAAUAGAACCGUUUUUGUUGAUUUAUUAGGAUUGUUUUUGUCCCAUAUUUGUUCAUUCCAUUCCAUUUCUCUUUUUCUUUUCCUGAAGACAGAAAGCUUCCAUGGUUUUGUAGUUGCACCCUUCAUCCUUAUAAAAAAAGAACACAAUACUGUUAAACCUGUACUAAUUUUAUUUUCUGAAUUUUUAAACUGAGGUUGUAUAUUUUAAAACAAAUAAACUAUUUUAAAUGUA